ACCUGCCCGGUACACCGCCCCCAACAUGUCAUACAAUACGAACCGCAUGUUCAUCACAAGUGCUGCUUGCACUCCGACAACCAUCUAACAUCCACGGCACCGUUUGCAGAAUAAAGCCCAGCCUGCUACGCGUUCACACACUCGGAUUUGCAGCAAAAACAUAAACCGGGGACAUUUUCUUCAGCACGCCAGGAGAGUUGGAGGUCCGCAGGUACAGUAAUUGCUGUGCUGCUCAGACGUUUGGUCGUCAUGCUGGGCAUCUGCGUGUGUCUUUUUGCGGUUUUCACACAUGUCCUCUCUCAGGAGGCUGAGGAGCCCGUCUUCUACACAUGCACAGAAGGGUAUGAGUAUGACAGAGUCAGAGAGCAGUGCAGAGACAUCGACGAGUGUGCCUUGUUAGACGAUGCCUGCAAAGGAGGGAUGCAGUGUAUCAACCACUUUGGUGGAUACCUCUGCCUCCCCAAGAGCGCCGUCAUCUAUAUCAGUAAGGAGGGCGAGCAGGUGCCGCUCCCUGCUGUCCCUGCUGUCCCUGUUGUCCCCGCUGUCCCUGCUGUCCCACCAAGCCAGCCUCAGGUCCCACGGUCUUCAGGCAACCAGGGGGUCUCUCUGUCCAGCCGGACCAUCCGCUGUGCACCCGGAUACACUGCAGAUGAGCAGAACCUCUGUAGAGACAUAGAUGAAUGUGCGACAGGUAGACACACUUGUGGCCCUGAACAGACGUGCUACAACACCAGAGGCUCCUAUACCUGCCAGUGUCCUCCAGGCUACCAGAAGAACGGAGACCACUGUGUUGACAGAGAUGAGUGCGCCCUGACCCACUACUGCAUGCACAGAUGUGUGAACACACAGGGCUCAUACUACUGUGAGUGCAACGCAGGUCACAAGUUGGCCAGCAACAACCACAGCUGUGUUGAUGUGAAUGAGUGUGAUGUGGAGAAUCCCUGUCAGCACCACUGCUACAACCUGAUUGGCUCCUUCCUCUGCCAGUGUGAGCAGGGCUAUGAGCUGGCACAAGACACGGUCUCCUGCCAAGACAUCGAUGAAUGCAGCUUCUCCAGCUACAUGUGUCAGUACCAGUGUAUUAACAGCCCAGGAAGUUACGCCUGUGAAUGUCCAGAAGGAUAUCAGCUCCAGGGAAACAGGGUGUGUCAAGACAUAAAUGAGUGUGAGACGGGGACCCAUAACUGCCAAGAUGAUGAAAUGUGCUGGAACUAUUACGGAGGCUUCCGCUGCUAUCCCAGAAACCCCUGCGAGGCGCCUUACGCCAAAACCUCUGAAAAUCGCUGUAUCUGCCGGUCUCAGGCCGAGUGCCAGGGUCUCCCGCCGUCAAUUGUCUACAAAUACAUGAGCAUCCAGGCCGACCGGACUGUGCCAGCGGACAUCUUCCAGAUUCAGGCCACCAACAUGUACGCCAACACACACAACACUUUCAGGAUCAAAGCUGGGAAUGAGGCAGGAGAAUUCUUCCUGAGGCGUUCCAGCAACGUGAGUGCCAUGCUGGUGCUAACCAAGCCUCUGUCAGGCCCCAGGGAAUACGUCAUAGACCUGGAGAUGGUCACUCACCAUUUGACCAUGAACUACCGCUCCAGCUCACUGCUGCGGCUCACUAUAAUAGUUGGGCCAUACGCCUUCUAAACAUCGCAAUCCCCAGCAGCCCACAUAAGUCUGGUUCAGCACACAUAGCAGUGUAACACUUGCCUGUAUAAGCAUAACAUACUGUACAUUUUUCAUACAAUACAACACAUAACAUAGGCUGUCCCAGACUCAUACAGCAGCACAGCAGUUGCAAUAGGCUUGCUCAUGACAGACCAGCCCAUGCUGUAAUGUGACCACUGGGCAUCUUUUUCUCUCAAGAUGCUGGGAAGCAUUGUAAUGAAGGGAUUUAGUGUCCUGAGGAAUCAAGCACUGUGUUUCAACAACAGCACUUAACGAUAAAUAAUUUUUCAUCUUCAAAGUUGAAACAUUUUUGACUUUAGGUGCCUGAAGUGGACAUAAGAAAGAAAAGCAUGUUAGCAUUUUCACUUUCACUGCUUUCAUACUAAAAAACAAGUGGGAACAGAGCAGUGGCACUCAGGAAAAGAGGCCUAGUGGACACACAUCCUAACUGUGAUGGAUUUUUUGAUGCAGCUGUACCUACAUGUAUCAUUUUGUUUCAGACCAGAACUUACAAUAACCUAUGUAUCAGUGAAGCAAUCUGUUGUAAGAAAAAAAGAAAAUACAUAUACAUGUGAUUUGCCUGUUAGUUAAGAGAGCAAACUUUGCAUGACAACAGGCUUGAUGCUUGUAGACUUUACUAACAGGAGUUAAGCAUGUACAUACCAAGUCAACAAAUCUGUGUGUAUGUGUGUAUGUGUGUGUGUGUGUGUGUGUGUGUGUGUGUGUGUGUGUGUGUGUGUGUGUGUGCGCACGCCUCGCAUUGUUUAUGCAUGCAAGCAAGUGAAAGUGUAAUACACAGAGGAAGAGAAAGGGAAAGAGUGAGAGAGCUUGUUCUCUGCCCCCAGGUUCGGUGGAUGUGGUUGAGCUGUUUAUGUGUUUCUGUGAUGCCAUCCUUGCAGCCCUCGGUCACAGAGGCAAUAACAGAGAUUUUUUUUUUAAACUAGAGAACACGCACAGGAAAUGACGGCUUUCAUAACACACCUCGGCCAAUCGACCGCUCACUGGUGCCACGGCGAUUCUCCAGAGAAACAGCUGAGCUUUCUAAUGUCGGUCCCAGUCAAGAAGUCACACUGGCACCAGGCUGGCUUGCGUGAUAAACAUAAUUACAGUGCUUUGCCCCGUUGCUGGUUCAUGUGUGACACAGGGGAUUAUUAAAAUGUCAAUACAUUGUCACCACACUUUUGGCAGAAUGAGAAAUCUUUCACUACCUUAUUUGCCUUUCGUGUCUGCUCUGGCUUAUUGCUAAAACACUGUACGCUGUAGA